CUAAAAAUAUUAUAAAAUUGUAAAUAUUUGAAGACUUACACAUAAACUAUCACAAUGCCACCAAAAGGAGGGAAAGGAGGUGGAAAAAAGGCUCCAGCAAUCAUCAUCGAUGGAGUAGACACCUCUGAAAUGACUCGAGAAAAGCUCGAGCAGUUCACACUCAGAGUCAAAGAAGAACUUGACAAAGAAAGAGAGGAGCGCAACUACUUUCAGCUAGAAAGAGACAAAAUAAGAACCUUCUGGGAAAUUACUCGACAGCAGUUGGAAGAAGCCAAAGCCGAACUAAGAAACAGAGAAAGGGCGACCGAAGAAGCUCAAGAGGAGAAUGAAGCGCUUUUGGAGACUGAAAAGCAAAAGAUAAAGCAUUUGAAGUAUGAGCAGCAAGCGGCUGCAGCAGCUUUAAGAGCUGAGAAUCUUGUAGCACUAAAAGCUGCUAAAGAGGAGCAUGCUGAACAAGAGUUAGAGCUGCUAAAUGACAAAAGAGUUCUGAGGCAAGAGAUGAGAGAGAAGGUAUUGGCUGCACAGGACGAGUUAAGGCGAGCUAAAUUGAUUCAUGCCGAAGAAUUGUCGAAAGCUAGAGAGGUUUUUGAAGAAAGGGCACGUCAGAUAGAAGACAAAGCAGAGAAGAAAUUACAUGAAACAAAAGUAGAGUUGACGGUGAAGCACAGAACAGAAAUUUCAGAAGUAGAAGAAAGAAAGAAUAAACAGCUUUCAGAUCUGAUUGCACAUCAUGAAAGGGCGUUUUCUGAUUUGAAAAACUAUUACAACGAUAUCACGUUGAAUAAUCUAGGUCUUAUCAGCAGUCUAAAGAUACAAAUGGAAGACAUGCAGAAGGUUAAAGAACGAGCAGAGAAGAUCGCUCGAGAUGCGGUCGCUGAGACCAAGAGUUUGAGGGAGCCGCUAGAAGCUGCUAUCAUUGAUAAUAAGGAGUUGAAGAGGCAGAUGUCAAAUUAUGAUAGGGACAAGGCUGCACUAGCUGCCAAAACGAAGCAGUUGGCUUCUCUGGAGAAGCAGUUUGAAGUCCUGAAGUGGGAGUAUGAGGUGUUGCAGGUUCGAUUUGACAGAGUUUUGGCUGAGAGGGAUGAGCUGAAGACCAGGUUCUCAAGAGCUGUGCUAGAAGUUCAACAAAAGGCUUCAUUGAAGACAGCGCUGCUUGAAGCGAAGCUGAAAAACAUGGAAGCUAGAGACCUUGGACCAAGAGAAAUGCAUGAGUUGCUCAAACUAAAAGAUACGCAAGUUGAAGACCUUAGAUACGAAGCUGCCAGACUUAGAAGCCACGAUGAUCUGCUAGCAACUUAUGAAGCGAAACUUGCCAAACUUGGUGUCCCAGCUGAAGAACUUGGCUUCAAACCUCUAAGAGCUGUAGCAGUGGCAGGACUGGCACCAGUGGUCGGCCAAGGGCCUGCUGGGUUGGUCACUAAAGAUCAGUGAGGAUUACCUAACUGUUGAAAUGUAAUAUUAUUUUUAUCCUGUAAUC